AAAUUACUUUGUCACCUUGCAAUGCAAAAACCUUGCAUAGAAAAAUAAAUAAAUGAUGGCCACAUCACUGUCACAAUCAUUUUAACGAGAACAAAAUACUAGUAAUAUGACCAAUGAAUUCAUGACAAGCUUUAUAUAGACAAUGAGAAUACAUACCAGAGAUUUCAAUUUGCAGCACUGAUCUGAUGAUGGCACUAUCGCCGUUCCACACCAGAGAUUUCAAUUUGCAACACCAAUUCUACCACCACCAGACCCACAACUCAGAGGACAAGCAAAGUGAGACUAGCGGCGCCCUCAACAUGGCCGGCCAGGAGCGUAACCGCAACGAGGGCGGCAUGAACGACCUCGACGGCGGCAACGACGGAAGCCCGUGGAGCAUAGAACUCGACAAGAACACCCUGAUCUUGGCCGAUCUAUCGUCUUCCCCUUCCUUGACUGGUCUCAUGUCUUGCUGCGGCGGCGACGACGCUUCCACUUCUCUAGCUUGGGUUUAA